AUGUUUGAAAGCCUUACGGAUAUUUCUCUCUCCCAAGCUGGUGAUCUGGCUGAAGUUGGGACUCAAAACUACAGUGCCAUAAAAUUUCCUGUCGUGUUGCUUCAGCGCAACAAAACUGACAUGUGGAGCUCGCGCAAACGCAAUAAGGAUUUGCGGUCGGGUGCACAAAAAGAUUCAAACAAUUGA